AUGUAUAAGAGUUCCUCCACCAACCAGAGACAUUUGAGACCCAAAGUGAUGAGGAAACUCGCAACAAACUUUAGCAAUGUGAUGCGAGUGGAUUUAGGUGUUCAUGUGUCCCGAAAGCCAUGGAGCUGCUGCCAAGGGGACGGUGGUAAUGGUGAGAAUGAUGAUGAGUACGACGAAGAUAAUGAUGAUUAUGGUGACGAACAAGACGAAGACAGUGAUGUUGAUGAUGGUGAGGAAGACGAAGAUGCUGAUGAUUAUGAUAGUGAAGAAGACGAAGAUGCUGAAGAUUAUGAUGGGGAGGAAGACAAAGACAGUGAUAUUUAUGAUGGUGAGGAAGACGAAGAUGCUGAUGAUUAUAAUGGUCAAUAA